AUGGAGGUUUGCGGCAACGAAGCAAUAGAACAGCUCGUUCGCUGGGGGGAGCUGUUUAAGCUCUCCUUUAGCCCUGAGAAAUCAGAGGCCCUGACGGUGGCCCGAAGCGGUGUAUUGGCACGCUGGCCUAUCUACCACAUCCGGGGCAACCCCAUCCGAAGAGUGAAUGAGUUAAAGUACCUCGGUGUAAUCAUCGACCAGACACUAUGCUGGACUUCCCACCUAAGGGAUGUUCGAGUCAGAACAAACCGAAUGAUAGCGGCACUAUCACGACUAGCUAGGCAGGAUUACAGGCUAAGUGGUGAAGCGCUUCGCACCGUCUACAAGAUGAGUGUGGAGCGCGUUGUCUGCUACGCCUGUAGCGUUUGGUGGAAAGACACCGCCAACGUCAGUCAGAGUAAAAUACUACUCACGAUCCAGCGUCCCGCUGCUUUGCGGAUCACGCGUGCAUACAGAACUGUGUCAACGGACGCAGCCCUGGUCUUGGCCGGGCUGCUCCCUUUGCCUCUGGUUGUCAGCCAAGAGGCAGCCUUCUACAGAACGACGGUGGAAGUCGGUGAACCGACUGGUACGGGUGUUGAGAUAUACACCGAUGGCUCGAAGGACAGCAGCUUGGUAGGCGCCGCAUACUGCGUCUUUUCCGACGGAGUUGAAGUGUACAGCAGAACUGUCAGACUGAACGAGGAGGCGUCCGUGUUCCAGGCGGAACUGGUGGCCCUGGAGGGGGCGUCCCAGUGGAUCCUACUACAUCCGGGUCCAGAGCCGGUCACGGUUUACUCAGAUAGCCAGUCGUCGUUACAGGCUUUAAGCGACGGGUACCAUCGUGACCCAUUGGUACACGAGAUCAGAGGUAGGGUACUGAGGGCGAGGCACGAGCGACACGUUGCCCUGCGGUGGGUAAGAGGCCACACCGGUGUCCUGGGCAACGAACGGGCCGAUCAGCUGGCAAAGGCGGGAGCCAGUGGCCCAUUUGUUACGAGGAUGGUAGAUCCCUCGACUACAUACUUAAAAGGUACUUUACUGCAGAGAUCGAUGAUAAGCUGGCGAGAGCGCUGGACUCUAAGUACGGUAGGUAGGUCAACCUACGCCUUCGUACCUAUAGUUGGCCUCACUCCGAUAAGUUGUUGCUCGUUGUCGACUCAAAUCUUAACUGGCCACGGGAGGUUCCCCCACUUCAAGUCCAAGUUCGGACAAGGAGAUGGUAGCUGCCCCUGUGGUAGUCCUCGCAGCGACGCGAGGCAUUACGUACUUGACUGUCCCUUAACAAGGGACUUCCGCCUAGAGGCAGACCAAGUUGACUGGUCUAAGCCCCCUGAACAAGUACUUCGAACGCUAGCAGCUAGUAAAGGGAACCUAAAGAAACUAAAGGAAUUGAUGGGAAAAAUCAUAGAUCUUUUUAAUCUAUAA